AUGGCCGCUCAGCCCUCCGCGUCCUCGGCGCCCGCGACGGGCUCGUCUUCGACCGCGACGUCGGUCUCCGGGAAGGACUCAGCCGCCAAGUCCGCCGCCGCCAGCAUGCCCGUCCGCACCAAGGAGACGUUCGAUAAGCUCAUGGUCGAGCGCUUCAUCACCCGUGAUGCCAUUGCCGCCGCGGCGCUCGGUGGUCAGCUCGACCAGACUCGCAAAUCCACCGCCGACACGCGCGACAAGAUGCAGGAGUAUCGCAUGGUCCGCACCGACUAUCGCCAAUGGUUCCCCCCGGGCAGGUUAUACGGCGAGGGCUACAACGGCUUCGCCAAUGGCUACACAGAGAACCAGGCGCCCUCCAGGAUCGUCUAUCCCUCCCAGAAGCCCCGACCUGGCCAGCGAACCACUCCACCCUUCAAAUACAAGCGCAAGGACAUGCUGAAGCAGGCCGACCAGCACGAAGAGCUGGUCCCCUUGCGGCUCGAGGUCGAGUGGGACAAGAUUAAGCUACGCGACACCUUCACCUGGAACCUGCACGAACGCCUCCUCCAGGUCGAACUGUUUGCAGCACAGCUUGUUGAGGACAUGGGGUUGAAGCCCCCGGCGUUCCAGCCCGUCUACGAGCAAGUUGUUCAGCAGAUGCGCGAGCAGCUCAACGAUUUCUAUCCCUUCGCAUACACAGACGAGGACGCGCUGGACCCCGAACUCCCCUACUCCGCGUACAAGAACGACGAGAUGCGCAUCCUCAUCAGACUUAACAUUACUGUUGGACAGCACACUCUUGUUGAUCAAUUCGAGUGGGAGAUUAACAAUCCAGCCAACUCGCCUGAAGAAUUUGCCGCCAACAUGGCUAGAGAUCUUUCCCUGUCUGGAGAGUUCGCAACAGCUAUUGCCCAUUGCAUCCGAGAACAGACACAACUAUUUACCAGGAGCUUGUACGGCAUCGGCCAUCCCUUCGAUGGACGACCCGUCGAGGACCCCGAUCUUGUCAACGCCUUCCUCCAGACCCCUCUCCCAGCAGUCUUCCGGCCCCAGCAGCAGGCCAAGGACUACUCUCCCUACUUAUACGAGCUCAGCGAGGUCGAUCUCGAGCGAAACGAAACCAUCAUGUCGCGCGAACAACGGCGACAGAAGCGAUCGAUCAACCGAAGGGGCGGCCCCACGCUCCCCGACCUCCGAGAAAGACAGCGCACCAUCCGAACCCUCAUUGUAUCGUCUGUCCUCCCUGGCGCUGCCACCUCGAUUGACGAUACCCGUCUCUACAAGCGGGCCGCCGGUGCCAACCGGAAGCGUCCUAUCCGUGACGGCGACCUUUCGGAGUCUGACGAAAGUGAAGAUUCAGCGCCCGACUCACCAGCUCCCUCACAAAUCACUGGCGGCACCGCCCGAACACGGGGUAUGCGUGGAGCGGCAACUGUGGCCCAGGUCAGAAUGGCGAACCUGGGCCGUUCAGAGACGCCCGAGACUAGCUCGGUCACACACCACCACGAGACGCGGACAUCUCGCCGUGGCAGAGAGGAAACAGAGGAGCCGGGUCAACUGAUUGUGACACUGAAGGUGAACCGAGAUAAGCUGAGGAGGCUGCUCAGGGGCGAAUAUCGCACCCAGAGGACGCCUUCGCAGACGCCUGUUCCCAACCCACGCGCCACCAGCGUGACGGCACCCGUAAGGGCCAUGCCUCCUCCAUCUACUCCUACCGCACCUACUCCCCAGACCAUUCAGAACUCCUCAACCUUCCCGCCCGGCCAAAUAGGCCGUCUUCCAGCUCCCCCGCCCGUACCCGGGCAAUCACCCCCUCCUGCUCCCCCACCGCCCGAGUGGCUCAUCAACGCCCUCAAGCAGUUGGAGAAGCAGUAUCCCAACGGCGACAAGUUCGAGGCUAUUAUGAAGUACUCCUACCUGGACCCCAUCACCGAGCUUCCCACCCAGAUCCAACCACUCCCCGAGGGUGUCAAGUACGCCUGGUUGCCACGCAUCCGCUGUCUGGACUGCACCACUAAGCUCUACACCCCCGGCCCUGAUAUGACGGCUCAGAAGUUCGAGGCACAUCUGAAGUUCUCGGGCCACCGCGAAAAAGUCCGGCUGCGCCAGGCUCAGGAGGCCGCUGCUGUUGGAAGCUCCGCCUCAUAG